AUGGCGACAACAAUCAUUAUCACCUCUAACACGUUCACCACUGAGGAGAAUACUCCCGACAUCCCAGUAGCCAUCACCCUCACCACCUCAGUCCCCAUCACCCAAAAUAGGGAUUCGAGUACGAUCUGCUGCCAUUGCUAUCGUACCUCGAUAAUUUGCAUCGGCCUGGCAGUCAUUCACGAAUCCAUUGCACUAAGAGGAGUGCACCAUUGGCAGGAUCUUCGGCACAACUUCCGGGCACACACCUCGGCUAUCCGCACUAGCUACACGCAUUCAGUCAUUACCUGGGCCUGGUCGGUCAUACGCGGAGUCAUGACAGCACUGCAAUAUCGGCACGCCAGAAAGCGGAAAGCAUUCGCCCACUCCCACUUCGCCGGCGGAGCGGACACCAGCAGCAUCAUCACUGCAACUUACUUAGCAGCCUCCAGCCUAUCCUGA